AUGACUAUAACUGCGCAAGAAAAUAGCAUCUCGGCGUUUACGCUGAAGGACAAGUACAACCCACAACUGGUACAAGGCGUGAAUAAAGUUCUCAUAGUCGGUUCUGGUGGUUUGUCCAUUGGCCAAGCGGGUGAGUUUGACUACAGUGGUUCUCAGGCAAUCAAGGCUCUCAAGGAAUCCAAGAUAGAAACUAUACUGAUAAACCCAAACAUCGCUACAAACCAGACAUCGCACUCUUUGGCUGACAAAAUCUAUUAUUUACCAGUAACACCCGAAUAUAUUACCUAUAUUAUCGAAAAGGAUAGACCAGACGCUAUCCUGCUGACUUUCGGUGGACAAACGGCUCUAAACUGUGGUAUUCAUCUUGAUGAAACUGGUAUUUUGGCCAAGUUUAACGUCAAAGUGCUGGGUACUCCAAUUAAAACAUUAAUCACCUCUGAAGACAGAGACUUAUUUGCAUCAGCUUUGAAAGAAAUUGACAUUCCUAUUGCCGAGUCCAUAGCAUGUGAAAAUAUUGACGAUGUGCUAUCGGCUGCCAGCACAAUCGGCUACCCUGUUAUUAUCAGAUCUGCUUAUGCUCUGGGUGGUUUGGGUUCCGGUUUUGCUAACAACCCAGAGGAGCUUAAGGAACUGGCAUCCCAGUCUCUCUCUCUAGCUCCUCAAGUUCUUGUCGAAAAGUCCUUGAGAGGAUGGAAAGAAGUCGAAUACGAAGUUGUCAGAGAUCGCGAAAAUAACUGUAUCACUGUUUGUAAUAUGGAGAAUUUUGAUCCGUUGGGCGUUCAUACCGGUGAUUCUAUCGUAUUUGCACCAUCGCAGACUCUUUCCGAUGAGGAGUUCCACAUGUUGAGAUCGGCCGCUAUUAAGAUUAUUAGACAUUUGGGCGUUGUAGGUGAAUGUAAUGUGCAAUAUGCACUUUCCCCUAACAGUUUGGAUUACAGAGUAAUUGAAGUGAAUGCUCGUCUAUCUCGUUCAUCAGCAUUGGCAUCCAAGGCUACUGGUUACCCACUAGCCUAUACGGCCGCAAAAAUAGCACUAGGUUACACUUUACCUGAACUACCAAACCCUAUCACAAAGACUACAGUCGCUAAUUUUGAACCAUCUCUUGAUUACAUUGUUGCCAAGAUUCCAAAAUGGGAUCUAAGUAAAUUCCAAUAUGUUAAUAGAUCGAUUGGAUCUGCAAUGAAGUCAGUCGGUGAGGUGAUGGCCAUCGGUAGAAAUUAUGAGGAAGCUUUCCAAAAGGCAUUAAGACAAGUUGACCCAUCUAUAAUAGGAUUCCAAGGCUCUGACGAGUUUGGCGAUCAAUUAGACGACGUUUUGGCCAAUCCAACCGAUAGAAGAAUUUUCGCUGUGGGCCAAGCGUUAAUUUUUGAGAACUACUCGGUGGAUAAAGUUCACGAUCUAUCUAAGAUAGAUAAGUGGUUCUUAUAUAAGUGUAUGAAUAUUGUCAACAUAUACAAAGAGUUGAUGAAGUUAGUUGACAUAAGUCAAUUGUUAGAGAACAGCUUAUUAUUGCGUGCUAAAAAAUUAGGUUUCUCAGACAAGCAAAUUGCUAUUACAUUGACCAAGUAUGCAGGUAUUUCAUCCAAAGAGCUAGAUAUUAGAACUUUGAGAAAGGCUCACAAUAUUACCCCAUAUGUUAAACGUAUCGACACACUAGCCGCUGAAUUCCCAGCUCAGACAAACUACUUAUACACUACUUAUAACGCAACAAAACAUGACAUAACAUUUGAUGACCAUGGUAUGCUUGUUCUCGGCUCUGGGGUUUAUCGUAUCGGUUCUUCAGUCGAGUUUGAUUGGUGUGCGGUGAAUACAGCCAAAGCUCUGAGAGAACAAAAUUACAAAACUAUUAUGAUUAACUACAACCCCGAAACAGUUUCAACAGACUUUGAUGAAGUGGAUAGAUUGUAUUUUGAGGAACUAUCCUACGAAAGAGUAUUGGAUAUUUACGAGUUGGAACAAUCUGAAGGGUGUAUUGUCUCAAUGGGUGGUCAAUUGCCUCAAAAUAUUGCUUUAUCAUUAUAUGAGUAUGGAUGUAAAAUAUUGGGUACAAGUCCCAAAGAUAUUGAUAAUGCUGAAAAUAGACACAAAUUUUCUUCUAUUCUAGACUCUAUCAAUGUCGGACAGCCAGAAUGGAAAGAAUUAACUUCAGUGGAAGAGGCCAAGACAUUUGCCAACAAGGUGAGCUAUCCAGUGUUAAUCAGACCUUCGUACGUGCUAUCUGGUGCUGCUAUGAGUGUUGUCAACAAUGAACAUGAACUAGAAGAUAAACUAACAUUAGCUUCAGAUGUCUCACCCGAUCAUCCAGUCGUGAUGUCCAAAUUUAUUCAGGGUGCUCAAGAAAUUGAUGUAGAUGCUGUUGCAUGUAAUGGUGAACUACUAGUUCACGCUAUUUCUGAACAUGUAGAAGAUGCAGGUGUUCACUCUGGUGACGCCACAUUAAUUCUACCUCCUCAACAUCUUUCUGAGAACGUAAAGAGUCAAUUGAAGACCAUUGCUAAAAAGGUUGCAAAGGCAUGGAACAUCACAGGUCCUUUCAACAUGCAAGUUAUCAAAGCUGGCGAAAAUGAUCUGAAGGUUAUUGAAUGUAACAUUAGGGCAUCAAGAUCUUUCCCAUUUGUAUCUAAGGUUUUGGGCGUUAACUUUAUCGAAGUUGCUGUCAAAUCAUACUUAGGGGGUGAACAUGUUCCUGAGCCUGUAGAUCUGAUGGCAAAGCACUAUGAUUAUGUUGCAACAAAAGCUCCACAGUUUUCUUUUACAAGAUUAGCUGGCGCAGACCCAUAUUUAGGAGUAGAGAUGGCGUCCACUGGUGAAGUUGCCUCCUUCGGAAGAAAUGAGCUUGAAAGUUAUUGGACUGCUAUUCAAAGUACCAUGAAUUUCCAAGUACCACUACCACCAUGUGGUAUUCUUCUUGGUGGUGAUCUAUCAAAUGACAAACUAGGUAAUGUUGCAAAAGUUAUUGCUCCAUUAGGCUAUAAUCUCUACUGCACACACAAAGAGUCACAAAUCUACUUCAAGAAGUUUAAUGUUGACACUGCCAUCAUCGAAUUCCCAAAGAAUGAUAAGAAAAGAUUAGGAGAGUUGUUCCAAAAAUAUAAAAUCAAGACCGUUGUUAAUCUUGCAGCUAAGAGAGCUGACAACACAGACGAUGAGGAUUACAUUAUGAGAAGGAAUGCAAUCGAUUUUGGCAUUCCUCUAUUUAACGAACCAAAUACAUCUGCUUUGUUCGCUAAAGCCUUAUCUGCCAAAUUAUCUGAAAAAAUAACAACUUUAACUUCCAAGGAUAUUGCUAUCCCAACUGAGGUACAAUCCUGGGAUGAAUUUGUUGGAUUCAAAGUCAUGUGA